GGAAGCGCUUUCCGUGGAGUCGCUUGCGGUUGCUGCAGUACGGCUUACCAUCUCCUGGUGCGACAGUGGCAACAGCAAGCUUCUGAUUCAGCCCAUCUACUAGCUGUAAAAAUACGUUAAUCAAAACUGCCUGCCAUCUUCCUGAACAAGACUUUCAAUAGGGUCCAGUAUGCUUCACUUCAUCCAGAAGUUUUCUCAAGCAUCUUCAAAGACACUGAAGUACCUUUUCCCGAUGGGAGGAGCCAUGGGGAGAACAAAUACACUUCCUCUGAAGACAUGUUUCCAGCAGAACUUUUCUCUUUUGUUUCCAAGGCCUUGUCUUUUCUCAUCAUUUUCAGUGUGCAUGAGCAAGACACAAUGCUAUCAUACAUCCCCGUGCAGCUUUAACAAGCAGCAGAAGCAAGCAGCACUUCCAGCCCGGCCACCAAGCAUCAUAACUUACCUGCCUGACAGCCCAAAGCCAGCAUUAUAUGUAACUCUGGCAGGAUUAAUCCCUUUCAUUGCUCCACCACUGGUUAUGCUGAUGACAAAGACUUAUAUCCCCAUAUUAGCUUUUACUCAGAUGGCUUAUGGAGCCAGUUUCCUAUCUUUCUUGGGAGGAGUCAGAUGGGGUUUUGCUCUGCCAGAAGGUAGUCCAGCCAAACCAGAUGUCCUUAACUUAGCUAAUAGUACAGCUCCUCUUAUGUUUUCAUGGUUUGCUUUCCUUAUUUCUGAAAGACUCAGUGAAGCCAUAGUCAUGGUAAUAAUAGGUUUGGGGGUAGCACUACACCUUGAACUUUUUCUCUUGCCACAUUAUCCUAACUGGUUCAAAGCCCUGAGGAUAAUGGUUACUUUAUUGGCCUUCUUUUCAUUUGUAAUCACUUUACUAUUUAAAAAUGUUUAUCCAGAAGGACCUAAGAGACCUGGUCAAUAUAUGAAAUUAUACUUGUAG